UUCGCUCGUGCAGCGCAGCGAGAGAUAUUUCCUAACUUUCCAUAGCGAUUAAUGUCUCCACUUAUGUUUGUAUCAUGUUAAUUCAACGAAAUAUUAGUCUUGCAAAGCGAUGCGUCGUAUCACCAGCUUGCGUCGUUUGAUAAUGCGUACUUCCUUCUGAAUAGAUUGAUACCAUCUGAUAUAUGAUUCUGAGCAACAUGGAGUCCUCGGAGGAUAGAAAGAACGCAAUGGAGGACUGCGAGGAUCAGAAGAACAAUUCAGAGACAGCAGUUACAGAGAAGGACAAAAACGAUAAUGAAUCUAGCAAGAAAUCGAACAAAAUAAACAAUCUAACUAAUGCUCUGGAGCAAAGUGACAACAUAGAUUCAAAGACAAAUGUGAAUAGAUCAAAGGAUAACGUUAGCAAUGAGUCUGAUGUCAAAAGCCGAAAACAAUCUGCUAAAAAACACAGUAGAAUUGAAGCAGAAUCGCAAGAAAAUAACAGUGUUGAAAAUAGACUUGAUGGCAAGAAGCCUGAUGUCUCUAAAAGUACAAGCGAGGAAACACAAGCUUCGGAAACAAGAUCGUCUUUGUCUGUUGGUAAAGACGUCAAGAUCAAUGGAGCAGAGAUUAAAGGGGAAAGUGCAGUUAAGGAGGGCAAGAGAAAACGGAGAAUGUCGAGGUUGGUAGACACCUGUCUACAAGGCAGAGAUUCUUCGGUAGAAAAAAACGAAAGGAUUAACAAACGCAAGCGAUCUAGGAGUGACGAAGAUAAGUUCUGCUGGCGAUGUCACAAAGAGUCUGUUGACAGCCAUUGUACCGCAUGUCCACGUUCCUGGCAUCGUCGAUGUAUGGGUGGAGGUCCACAACCAACACCGCAGAAUUGGAUUUGUGGCGAGUGUGCUACUAUUUUAAAAGCAGAAAAUGCAGAAACACGCUCACCGGCAAUGGCUCAGUUGAGUGUUGAACAGCUCUGUACACUACUGAGACAUGUGGUUGGAAGAAUGCGUGAUUAUCCAGGGUCGGAGCCAUUUUGGAAGGCGGUAGAUCUCAACGAAGUUCCGAACUAUUUGGACUAUGUUGUUAAGCCAAUGGACUUGAGUCUAUUAGAAUCUAAUGUCCGUGCAAAACUUUAUGGUAGUACGGAGGCAUUUAUGGCUGAUGCUAAGUGGAUACAGCACAACUGCAUUGUGUUCAAUACUUGUGGAGGCGUUUACACAGAUACCUCUAAACUAACAAAUGCUGCUAGGCAGAUUAUAAAAGCAGCCAGGCAAGAGGUGUCUGAGAUUGAGGCCUGUUCCGAUUGUUAUGGACAUGCGCGAAACCUUCCCAGACCUCAACCCUCUUGGUUCAUUGAACCGUGCCGAAGGCCGCAUCCACUUGUCUGGGCAAAACUAAAGGGAUUCCCAUUUUGGCCAGCCAAGGCUAUGUCUCGCAUAAAUGGCCAAGGCCAUGUGGACGUCCGAUUUUUUGGAGCUCAUGAUCGGGCUUGGGUACCAAUUCGUGAUCUAUUUUUAUAUUCCGAAGAUCCACCUGCACCGCUUCCGCGUAAACGAAAAGCAGAUAUGGACGAAUGUGUUCGUGAAAUAACGCGCCAUUGUCGAAAGCUGGAGUUGACAUUUGGACAGUUUAAAUUUGCGCCGCCGAAAAUACAGUACAAUCCGAGAGAUCCAUUGCAGAUAAAACUAAUGCUACCUAACUAUGAUCCUCUUCAGCCCAGCACUCCUGCUGUAGUAUCUCCCAACACUUCACCACGAAGAAAACCACCUUUGAGAAAGCGAGGCUUUUAUCUCACAAAGAAAUCAUGUUCUGAGGAAUCAACGAGAAAUAAUGCUUCUGAUUUCGCUAACGAUUCAACACCACCUCAGGGUGAUUCGGACAACGAUUGUGAAAAAUAUAUCGAGGCAUCCAGAAUACCUAAGGUGUCACUGUCCAACAAGCUCAAUAAAUCCAAGUUGCCGCCACUUGCUAAAUCUAACGAAAAUCAAAAAGUGAUCCAGAAUUCAUCCGAUAAUGGAAAUGUUCACCAGAAGAAAAUCAAAAUGAAUUAUAAUCGAAGUAAUACUUCAAACGACACUGACAACUUGGAUGAUAGUGUGAAAACAGACGACGACAGUCAAUUAGAGCAAAGAUAUCGACGAAGAUGGGAUCCAAAUAACAGUAGCGACGGGCAUAGCAGUUCUGAAAACGAAGUUUCAUUGGAAAUAAGAAAAUCCUCGAAGUUUGGUAGCGUUAAAUCACAUAAAGGGGAGGAUGAUACUGAAGCAAAUAAUACAAAAGUUUAUAAUAAUCUAUGCAACGAAACGAGAUCUGUACAAGACUCAAAAAUCAAAAUAAAAAGUCCGAAAACGAAUAAAAAUCCGGUUAGAGUCUAUAAGCCAAAAACUAGAAUGGUGAAUCAAGUCAAUGCGGAGCGAGCAAAAGCUACAGCCUCGAACGAGCAAAAAAAAUUGAUAGAAUGCACAGAAAAUAUUAUUUCUCGCCAGGAUCAACCAUUAAAUAGGCUUCUAGCACCUGCGAAUACUAGUGCACAAUCCACUGCCAUUGUGAGUGAUAUUUGUAUAAGUACAGCCGUUACUAUAGCUAAUUCUGUGUCCGUCCCUAACAACCCUAUGAACAGUGUUACUAAAUCUGUUCAUAAUGCAAACUUGAUUACUGCCUCUACUAUUAGUCCAUCAAGCACAAUAACCGCAGCAUUAAAUACAGAUCCUAUUGCAUCAUCCUCAAUGGGUUCGAUUUUUUUACCAAGAAUCACCUUACUGGAAUCCACAACAAAAAUGAAUUCAACAAAGGACUGUUUAAUCAUGACUGAAGAAACAACAAUGGUUAAGGAAGAGCCAAAGGAUCAACCGCAAAAUCAUACACCAAAAAAGGAGUCUAAGGCACGUAAAUCCUUUCUUAAUAAACCUCCAAUGUUUCCGCAAAUUUCGCCAACAUCCCCGCCAAAAGCUCCGGCAAGUCCACCCGAUGCAAUGGUUUAUAUACCAGGACACAGGACAGAAAGUGAACAUGAUCACUCGCUGCUAUCUCCAGAGGCAGGACCACUCAGUGCACAACUUCACCGAGGUGGUCAGGAAUUAGCCAAGCGAAUGGCACAGUUAAUGGAGGAAGCACUGACUGAAGCAGCUCAAAUAAAUUCCAGUAACUCAGAUAACUCUGGAAUCAAUCAACGUGCUACGGUGCACUAUCUCAAACUGCAGAUUGAACGCAUGAGGUGGCAGCAUCAACAGCACCUAGCCGAAUUGAAGCAUAACACAGAUCUGACGCUGAGAGAAAUGAGAGCUAGUUUAGAGGCUGAAAGGUAUCGGGCCAUCGAAGAAACUAAGCGAGAGGCUGAGGAAGAGAAAUUAAGAAGUAUCGAGGAAACAAAACGAAAGCAGUGGUGUGCAUUGUGUGGAAACGAAGCAUUAUUUUACUGCUGUUGGAAUACAGCGUAUUGUGACUAUCCUUGCCAGCAAGCUCAUUGGUCUACUCAUAUGAGAACGUGCGCGCAAAAUCCACCACCAAAUACCAUUAUUACUGCAACUGCGAAUGUCAGUCAACAACAAGUGAUGCCUAGCCUUGUAAUGACUUCACCACACGCAUCGUCUAGCGUAUGGGGGGCCUAGAACUAAAAUUACUGUAAGUUCUCAGAUUUAUUGCUUUAUGAGAAUUAAAUGAACAUGAAAAUUAUUCACGUUAUUAUCCUAAAUUUUGCUCUCCAAUAUAAUUAUAGAUAGUAUAUAAUAAUACAUGUAGGAAUCUGUGGAUAGAAGUUAUAGUGGGUAAUUAACUACGAUUUUUAUAUUCGAAAACUAAAAUGUAUUAUUUUGUGACGAUAAUAAUAAGUGAUAUCAUUAAGACAAAUAAUUUUUGUAAAUCAAGACCGUGAUCAAGGGUAAUCACUAAAUGUUUGACACGUGCACAAUCGUUACAAAAUAUUUAUUUUGAUGGAAAUCGCUUAGUAUAGACAAUUCUCUUGAUUAUGAGUCUUUCAACAUCGUGUGUUUCCCGUAAAUCGGUUUCCGUAAUUAAUAAUGCAACGACCUUGUGAAACAGGAAGUGUAUAUACCAAAUUUGGGUAGUUCUAAUAUUUAUAGAUCUUAUUUCAACCAGUUUUGCUCUGAACACUGUGCUUCGAAGAAGUUGUAAGUUGUACAAAUUCUUACACUGUUUUAUAAUCGUAUAAAAGUAGCGUACCACCAUUAGCCCCUCAUAUUGGAUAGUUUAUUGUAAAUGAAUGACAUUUGUCAUGCGUAUUGCAAAAAUAAUCCGUUACAAUUUUUAACAUUUCAGUGAACGUGCCACAAGUUAUAAAUACUUCC